CUUUGGUUCAGGUGUCAUUAUCAUUGUUUAUUUUUUCCGAGAGGCAAGGCAAAGCAAGGCAAGGCAAGAAAAAUCCAGGAUGUAUGGAUGAAUAAAAGAAAAUUCACGUUCUGAAGAAAUUUGCUGGAGUGAUUGUAAUUUACCUUGAGUGUGAAACAUGGCCAAAGUGACAGGGAAAAUAUUAAAAUAUAUAGGAGUCAUCAUGGCUAUCCUGCUGAAUGUGGAAACUCUCAAUUUUUCAGAAAUAAGUAUGGAUUUACAGUUUAGCUACACAGAUGAGCCAGUGCAUCAUAUAAGACGAAGAAGUGCAGAUCCAGUUGAAUACAUUAUGGUUGUGGAAAUGAAUGUAUCCGAAACUGUUGCGAUCAACAAAAUCAGAUCUUCUGUGACCACUGUUACACUUCCAGUUCAAGUGGACAAUGGUACUGAAAUUACAGCUUUGAACAUUUCAACAGUGUGUUCUUUCAAUGAAACGCAGUAUCAGUGUAAAUGUGAGGAUCUGUUUGUUUGGCCGAAUGACACGUGUCACUCAUACAAGGCCUGUGAUGACAUCAAUGAUGGUUCAUGUACAUGUAUCAAUGCCCUUCCAGUUGAUGGACAGUUCUGCGAAGAUAUAGAUGAAUGUCUGGUCAGUCCAUCUGUAUGUGGUCCAAAUUCCACCUGCACAAAUCAGAUGGGAAGUUACAGUUGCUUGUGUUCAAAUGGAUUCACUGCAACAAAUUCAAGUCUUCAUAUCAGCAUCAACAACACAUGUACAGAUAUAGAUGAAUGUCUGGUCAGUCCAUCUGUAUGUGGUCCAAAUUCCACCUGCACAAAUCAGAUGGGAAGUUACAGUUGCUUUUGUUCAAAUGGAUUCACUGCAACAAAUUCAAGUCUUCCUAUCAGUGUCAACAACACAUGUACAGAUAUAGAUGAAUGUCUGGUCAGUCCAUCUGUAUGUGGUCCAAAUUCCACCUGCACAAAUCAGAUGGGAAGUUACAGUUGCUUGUGUUCAAAUGGAUUCACUGCAACAAAUUCAAGUCUUCAUAUCAGCAUCAACAACACAUGUACAGAUAUAGAUGAAUGUCUGGUCAGUCCAUCUGUAUGUGGUCCAAAUUCCACCUGCACAAAUCAGAUGGGAAGUUACAGUUGCUUUUGUUCAAAUGGAUUCACUGCAACAAAUUCAAGUCUUCCUAUCAGUGUCAACAACACAUGUACAGAUAUAGAUGAAUGUCUGGUCAGUCCAUCUGUAUGUGGUCCAAAUUCCACCUGCACAAAUCAGAUGGGAAGUUACAGUUGCUUUUGUUCAAAUGGAUUCACUGCAACAAAUUCAAGUCUUCCUAUCAGUGUCAACAACACAUGUACAGAUAUAGAUGAAUGUCUGGUCAGUCCAUCUGUAUGUGGUCCAAAUUCCACCUGCACAAAUCAGAUGGGAAGUUACAGUUGCUUGUGUUCAAAUGGAUUCACUGCAACAAAUUCAAGUCUUCAUAUCAGCAUCAACAACACAUGUACAGAUAUAGAUGAAUGUCUGGUCAGUCCAUCUGUAUGUGGUCCAAAUUCCACCUGCACAAAUCAGAUGGGAAGUUACAGUUGCUUUUGUUCAAAUGGAUUCACUGCAACAAAUUCAAGUCUUCCUAUCAGUGUCAACAACACAUGUACAGAUAUAGAUGAAUGUCUGGUCAGUCCAUCUGUAUGUGGUCCAAAUUCCACCUGCACAAAUCAGAUGGGAAGUUACAGUUGCUUGUGUUCAAAUGGAUUCACUGCAACAAAUUCAAGUCUUCAUAUCAGCAUCAACAACACAUGUACAGAUAUAGAUGAAUGUCUGGUCAGUCCAUCUGUAUGUGGUCCAAAUUCCACCUGCACAAAUCAGAUGGGAAGUUACAGUUGCUUUUGUUCAAAUGGAUUCACUGCAACAAAUUCAAGUCUUCCUAUCAGUGUCAACAACACAUGUACAGAUAUAGAUGAAUGUCUGGUCAGUCCAUCUGUAUGUGGUCCAAAUUCCACCUGCACAAAUCAGAUGGGAAGUUACAGUUGCUUGUGUUCAAAUGGAUUCACUGCAACAAAUUCAAGUCUUCAUAUCAGCAUCAACAACACAUGUACAGAUAUAGAUGAAUGUCUGGUCAGUCCAUCUGUAUGUGGUCCAAAUUCCACCUGCACAAAUCAGAUGGGAAGUUACAGUUGCUUUUGUUCAAAUGGAUUCACUGCAACAAAUUCAAGUCUUCCUAUCAGUGUCAACAACACAUGUACAGCAAUAACAGCACCAUCAGCACCAUCAACACCAUCAACAACAGUUAUUGGAAUGUCAAUGACAAUAGAUCAGACUUUUGACAUCAGUCUUACUGACCCUACUAGUGAGAAUUACAAAUAUUUAUAUGGAAAAAUUGCACCAGUAAUCGAGUCAACUUAUUCGAGUAAGCUAGUUGGCUACAUUCCUUUUUCUGCCAAACCCACUGGUGUCAGGCCUGGUAGUGUUAUAGCAGACUACACAAUAAGUGCAACAUCCAACAACCUUGAUUUUACAGCAGCACACUCAGCACUCCCUGAGUCUCUAAAGAAGGAAGGAAUUGUUUUAGCUGAAAAUGCUUUUUCUCGAAGUGAACAAACAGAUUUCACAACAGGUCAUUUAUAUCCUUUGCAAAAGCUGGACCUGAACUGUAUACAACCAGACUUUGCAAAAGGACCAAUAAAAUGGAUAGUGAAUAACAAAGAUCCUGCACUGGACAACACAAGAUACACCCUUUCAAACAGCAAUAGCAUUCUCACUGUGAAAAACACUAGUGAAAGUGACAGUGGUCGAUACUCAUGCAUCAUACAAACGAAUACAAUACCGUACAUUCAGUGGCAAAACAUUAUUAUUCGACGCCCCACUAUCAUUGUGGGUGAUGAAAACCGUGUUUUUCCAUGUAAAGACAGCACUGUCCAACUGAGAUGUUCUGUUGAUGCUGGCUACAAUGUUGAGUGGGUCCUGAAUGGUGCAGUACAAACAUCAGUACCUGCAUCAGGCUCUGACAUCAUAUUAAACCAUCCUACUAAAAGUGGGGAUUGUAAGGAGGAAACCUUUACAUGCCGUCUCAAGGAUCUGCCGCAACUACUUGCGUACAGUUACAGCUGGAGCAGAGUCACAGUAAAGACAAGCACAGAAAAUUAUGACUGUAGAGAUGAAGAAAUUGGACUUGGAAAAACAAAUGAUGAAAAGACAGCAAUCUGUAGAACUGGCUUUAAAGGCACCAUAACUUACAGAUGUGAAUCACGUGGGUGGACACCAGUACAGGACAACUGUGUACUUGAAGUUAUCUUCAACCUUAAAAACACAGUUGAGACCUUGCUUGUGGUGGAGAUUCCAGGGUUUAUGGCUAACCUCAGUAGUGCCACCUCACAGAAUAAUGUUAAUAUAACACAGUCUCCUUCUACUGUCCAAACUAUUGUGGAUAUACUCUUCAAAAUUGCUGAUUUGUCACAAGCUACUUCAAUAAAUAGCAUAGUGAUGGAGAAUUACCUAAAAACAGUGAACAUCAUUGUAUCAGGUAAUGUCAGUGAUACAUGGAACACACUGAACAAAGGAAACACCACAGAAAAACCCAGCAUUCGACUUCUGCGCUCUAUUGAGAAGAUAAGUGACCGUCUCAAAGAUGAGUUUAAGAUUAAUGAAACAUCAAUUCAGCUGAACAGAACUACAAUUCAAAACUCAUUCAGUAUAACAUCAACACUGCCAAACUCGACUACGGAGAUUGUAAUACCACAGGUUCCUAAUGUGACUACUGUAACCAUCAUAAUCUUCACAACUCUUGACAAUGUCCUACCAGCUCGUACUAGUAAUAUAAAUGACACUAAUAAUUCUGUGCGCAUCAAUGGAGAUGUGGUUGUUGUUAAGGUGAACCAAGCAAUUAACAACAUUUCUUUUGCGUUUGACAUUACUAAUCAGUCUUUGGGAAAUCCUCAGUGUGUCUUUUGGAACUUCAGUCUUGACAGAUGGGAUUCCACUGGAUGUGAAGUAAAGCCCUCAGUGAACGAAACUGGCAAGAUUACAUGUGAAUGCGACCACACAACUUCUUUUUCAAUCCUAAUGUCACCGUUUUCCAUCGAUAACAAAACCUUAGCCUAUAUAACUUACAUUGGUGUAGCUAUUUCAAUGGCCAGCUUGAUUUUGUGCCUCAUAAUUGAGACUAUUGUAUGGAAGUCAGUGACAAGAAAAGACGAUUUUACCAGAAAUUCCUACACUUCCUACAUGCGACAUGUCUUCAUGGUCAACAUUGCCGUGUCCCUGCUUAUAGCAAACAUCUGUUUUAUCAUCGGAGCUGCAAUCACAGAUAAAGAGCAGCAAACCUCAGUGGGUCGCUGCAGUCCAGCGGUUUUCUUCAUGCACUUUUUUUACCUGGCUCUUUUCUUCUGGAUGUUGAUUUCAGCGCUGUUUCUCUUUUACCGUACAGUCAUGGUCUUGUCCCAAAUGUCAAGGUUCAGAAUGAUGGCCAUUGCCUUCAUAGUUGGUUAUGGUGCACCUUUGCUCAUAGCGGUCAUUACUGUUGCAUCGACAGCUGGACCUCAAAAGUAUAUUUCCCAAAAAGCGUGCUGGCUAAACUGGGAUGAAUCUAAGGCCCUGUUGGCAUUUGUGAUUCCAGCUCUCACUAUUGUAGCCAUAAACCUUGUGGUUUUGAUUGUGGUUCUGUAUAAGAUGUUGAGGAGAGGAGUUGGUGCUGCAACUCAACCAGAAAAUAAACAUGCCCUCAUGGUCAUUGCCCGAUGUGUGGCCAUAUUGACUCCCAUCUUUGGUCUAACAUGGGGAUUUGGAAUUGGAACCAUGGUGUCACCAGACUAUGGCGUUCAUGUGGUGUUUGCACUCCUCAAUUCACUGCAGGGAUUCUUCAUUUUGGUGUUUGGAACGCUUUUAGACAGAGGGGUCCGUAAGGCACUGGCAGAAAGGAACUUUAUCAGCUCUAGCCAUACCACGAGUACUAGUGCAGGACCAUCAUCUUCAAGCAGACAGGAUUUGUUGCGAAGAAAUGGGUACAACAUAUCAGCAGCAACAUCUUCAAACAUCUCCAGUGCCUCUAAUACAUAAUUAACUACUUCAUUAACUAUAGUCUACUUCAUUACCAAUUAAACAGCUUUUUCAAAAGUGCUUUGUACAUUGCAAAUAUCUGUAAACUGCCUUUUCUGUUACUGGUUUCUGGGAAGAACUGUUCUGAAGUCCUUUUUAAAAAAUCAGGUUAUAAUUAACAGUUUUGAGAUUUGAUAUGUAAUUAAGGGUGCAUUUUAAUGACAUGGCUGGUGGCAUGAUAAGAUGUGCUUUUAAUGGGUCUAAAGCAAUAGCUUUGUUUUUGUUUUGUGAAAUGUAUUUUUUGUUUGCCAUUUUCAAUGAAUCAGAUUUGCUGCACAGUUGGUGUCAUUAAAUAUAUCUUGUUCUAUGCUGUCUGAGGGGAAAAAAGAACUAAAUAAAAUUUUAAAUGUUACUGCUUUAACAAUAAUAAAAUGCCUUUGCAUUUAAUUUUAA